AUCACAAUCCCUCCUGAACAAAACAAAAAAGGAUAAAAAGUUACAUCCUGAAAAUGUCAAUAGCGCUGCAACUGAGUGUAGCCGCUGUGCAGGUCUGUUCUCUGAGCUGUCGCCCGCCUUCAGUCACACCGAUUCGGGGCUACAGGAAGUCUCCGGUGGAUCAGCAGCCCCUUUGAAGAUCCGCCACCCGAUUCUGCCUUCCCAGGCAUCGUGUCGUUCCGCUGGGAAACGGAACUCCCGUGCAUUUCGAAGGAAGUCACUCGGCGUAAGCAGAAAGGAGCGGCCGAGUGUGAGUGAGAAUGAGGUGGCUGGGCGGUGGGCGGGCAGGCGGCUUUAACCCAGGCUUCGCCAAUGAGAGAGCCCAAACGCUGCUGUCAGUCUCACGGCUGAGAGCAGAUCCCGGACUGUCUUCACAGCAAGCGGUUCCAGUCGAUCUUCCAGCUGUGUGUAUGUGUUGUGACUGUAGCUGAUCGCGCAGCCCCAGCCUCCAAAGACACAGAGAGAGAAAUAGCCGACAGUCGAUUUGAAUUUCACAGCAAAGCGAAUUCAGCUGACGGGGUAUAGCAGCCCUGAGAAGGGAAGGAGUUACCGCUCGCUGCUAUGCGAGACUCGUUGUUGAACCGUGGCUUGUGAAGCAGACUUGUGUCACAGUGAGUGUCGGUGCCAGAGAAAUCUCAGCAUCCUCCGAAGAGUCCAUGUGGAGUUUACUCCGUACCCCCUCCGCUGGUUUAAUAAAUCCAGACUGAAGUCUUCCAUGAUGGCCACUUUAUUUCUGGGCCUGUUCCUAUUCCUGCUGCACCCGGUGGCGGUGCCUUCCCGGCCGGCGUUUGACCUGAGCCGGGUGCUGCCGCCUCCCGCCCUGCGGUACCUGCUGCAGGACAGCGCGGGCGGCGGGGAGCUCUUCCGGGAGGCGGUCUUCCCGAACGGGACCAUUCAGCGGCUGCCUCAGACCAUCAUCAUCGGAGUGAGGAAGGGGGGGACGCGGGCCCUGCUGGAGAUGCUGAACCUUCACCCGGAGGUCAGAGCUGCCGAGACUGAGAUCCACUUCUUCGACUGGGAAGGGAACUACGAGAAGGGGCUGCGGUGGUACAGCCGCCAGAUGCCCAUCUCGUACCCCCACCAGACCACGGUGGAGAAGACACCCGCCUACUUCACCUCGCACAAAGUGCCUGAAAGGAUCUACAAAAUGAACCAAACUAUUCGCCUGCUCCUCAUACUGCGGGACCCAACCGAGAGAGUGAUAUCGGACUACACUCAGGUAUUGUUCAACAGGAUGCAAAAACACAAGCCCUUCCAGUCAGUGGAGGAGCUGCUGGUCCGAGGGGGGCGCAUCAACGUCGACUACAAGGCGAUCAACCGCAGCCUGUACUACAUCCAUAUGCAAAACUGGCUGAGGUACUUCCCGCUCAGCCAGAUCCACAUUGUGGACGGCGACCAGUUGAUCAGGGACCCCUUCCCGGAAAUGGAGAAGGUGGAGAAAUUCCUGAGGCUCUCGCCGCGGAUUAACAGGUCCAAUUUUUACUUCAACAAAACGAAGGGAUUUUACUGCCUCCGGGACGGCGGCAGGGAGAGGUGCUUGCACGAGUCUAAAGGGAGAACGCACCCGCCAGUGGACUCCGCUGUGCUCAGCAAGUUGCACGGUUUCUUCAGUGAACCCAACCGCAAAUUCUUCGACUUGGUUGGCAGAACAUUCGACUGGCAUUAAAUUAAUGUCUCUCUUUUCUAAAAUCCCAUUAUAUACAAAUGUACAAAGUUAUACUGAAAUAGUAAUUUAAGUGGAUUUCCUUAGGACGAGUAACUGUACAAUAUGACAAGUAGACCAAUCUUUAUCUCAGAGCUAGUUAUAUUUUUCUACAUUGUCGCAAGAAUGCUGUAAAGCCCAGCUUCCCGAUGUUAGUCCUGUUUGUUUCAUUAGUUAUGUCACGGAACUGCUACAGAGACAUGGUUGUGUGUAAUGAAUGGGU